CGGUGCGGAGCGCCGUGCCCGAGUUCAGGCGCAGUGAGCGGCGAUGCGGAGCGCCGUGCCCGAGUUCAGGCGCGGUAAUGAAACUGAAUCUGCAAAUGAAGCUUCAAUUUUACUACCACAAGAUGCCUGCUGGUUUGAUGUUCGGUGUCUCUGUUUUUCUACUUCCAUCUACUUUCACUCAAAGCAGCCCAAACCCUAUUUAUUUUUUGGAUAAAAGAGGUGACAUUCUUUUAGAAGGACCAGAUAUUCCUGAGAAUGGAUCUGUUGUCUGGGAAUGGAAACCCCACUCGGGACAAGAAAUCCAGCAGCUGGUUACAUUAAACAAAGAUAACUGGGGUUCUUGGAGUGCACAAUGGAGUGAUGACUUUAACAAUUAUUUGCACAAGAAAGUCAAAUGGGAGUACGGUACUCUGGAUCUGAAAAUUACAAAACCCACCUUUAAACUUUCAGGAUUGUUCAUUUUGACUCAAACACAGCCGAUAUAUAAAAUGUUGAAACAAUAUGAAAUAUCUGGGAUUAAAGUUGAGUCAAGCCCACGGCAGCCUAUGGUUGGCAGUGAUGUUACCCUCAGCUGUACCAUCUCCAAACCCUCCAAUACUGUCAGCCUUCAUUGGAAACAAUUGGGCACAUCUCAGCAGAACAGAAGGAACACUGAUCAGAUCCGACUAAAUAACACAAUCUAUCUGAUAAUUAAACAUGUUGUAGUAGAGGAUAAGGAGAUGUACGCUUGUGAAGUGCGGGGAGAUGGAUCCAUUAUUCACACAGGACGAACCGAUUUUUCUGUGUCCUCAUAUUUAAAGUUUAAGAGUUACCAACUUUAUCGCCCAGCUGCAGAACACAGUGAACUUCAGCUGAUUUGCUUUCAUUAUUAUGAUGUUGUUCACCCUAAUCAUGCUACAUGGACUUGGAGAUCAUCUCAUCUUCAAAGUCAGGAGAAAGAAAUCGCGUCUGUAUCAAGAUUUAUGCCCAUCAAUGUAAACAGGACUCAUUUUGGGAAUCGACUGGUACCUAUAGCAGCAAAAUCCAAUGGGAUGGAUUUCAGUGUGAGGAUUGCCCCUGUACUGUUUGAAGAUGCAGGAGUUUACUCGUGUUUUUUGGGCUCAGAUAAAUAUGUGACCAUUAAGUUGAUCACUGUUAAAGUGACAGCUGAACCAUCUGAUGCAAUGACUGAAGGAGACAAUAUUACCCUGACCUGCUCUGUGUCUGAGGUCACUGAAUCAAUGAGACUUGUUUGGAUCAAUAGUGAAGGUAAAACUGUUGAAGAGAAAAUUUUUAAGGAUGAAGAAACAGAAGAGAAAUUUUUACGGCUGAUUAUUCAGAAAGCUGAUAAAGACAAAAGGAGCUGGACAUGCGGUUUGUUUCAUCAAAACGUUCCAAAAUAUUUAAUCCUAUUUCAGAAAGUUUACAAUGAUUACACUUUCAAACACACAAAUGUAAUUAUUAUCGGAUGUCUGGCUCUUCUACUCAUCAUUAUGCUGCCAGUGGUCUUAUGCCUAAGAAAGCGCGAGAUUUCAGAUCCUGUCUGUUUCAAAGGGAGAUGAUUCAUCUGCUAUCUACAUGCAAGUAGCACAAGUGAAAUAAGAAUAAGCUAUGGAAAAUAAAAGGAAGAGUUUGGAAUUGGAUACAUGGAAUAUAACAUAAUUAAGAACUGAUACCUUUACCUGAGAACAGCUCCAUAGGUUUCUUCAGAGACACGGCAGACUGGAGAUGCAGGAAUCUGGAGCUAACACCAGAUUGUAGGAGGAGCUCAGCAGAUCAGGCAGCAUCUGUAAAGGCAAAGGGAUAGUCGAUGUUUCAGAUCAAGACCCUAAUUCACCCAGACGUUAAUUAUCCUUUUGCCUCCACAGAUGCUGCCUGACCCUCUGAAUCCCUCCAGCAAGUUGUUUUUUUGUUCCUGCAGCUUUCUUUCUCUGAUUUAACACAGUCAUUGCAUUAGGCUUUUCAAAUGGGAACAAUUAUAAUUGACAGUUUGCAAUAGAAGCUAUUAUAGGUUUGUCUGAUAUAACUUCAACAGCUCUCUCACAGCUUCUACAGUUGCAAUAUAUAUAUAAAAGAACUGCA